AUGAUCUUCUAUCUACUUCCAAUUUUCAAAUUGAUUCUGUUCUACUUUUCGACAGUUCAUGCUGCUGGUCCGGAUACUUCUGGUGUGACAUAUCCAUUCAUUAAAAAUAUUCAUGUAGUGUCAAUGACUCAUUUGGAUGUUGGAUUCACCAAUCUUGCUGCCAACGUAUGUUCGCUUUAUUUCAAUCACCAUCUACCUGCUGCAGCUACAUUAGCUCAACAAUUACGGGAUCGAGGCGGAGAAGAACGAUUUAUUUUCACAACUCAUCCAUGGAUUUUAUUAGAGUUCUUUGAUGAUAUCGCCAAAUGUACCAAUGAAAGACCAAAUAAAACUACAAUCGAACUAGUGACUAAGGCAAUUGAACAAGGUGAUAUUACAUACCAUGCGCAUGCAAUGACAAUGUUUGUACCAAUGAUGGAUGAGAAUUUAUUCAGUUUUUCAUUGAGUCUGUCAGCAAUAUUAGAUAAACGAUUUAAUCAACCACGUCGAACUGCUGCGUCACACAAGGAUGAUAUGGGUCAUCCCAUUAGUUCUGUACCAAUUUUUGCCAAGAAUGGGAUUAAAUCUCUUCAUGUUGGAGCAAACAUUGAUUGUAGAGGAGCCGAUUUGCCUCCAGCAUUUAUGUGGAAACAUGAAGCGACUAAUACAAAUUUAUUAGUUAUGAUGUAUAAUAAACCAACUGCUACUACACCUUGUUCAGCUGAUCAAUGCGUAUAUGGCGGAGAUGUAGUACUGCCUGGAUUAAGCGAAGCGUUGGUGUAUCACUUCACUGCAGACAAUACAGGGCCACCUAAAAUCAACGAUGUCAUUCAUCUCUGGACUGUUAUUAAAAAAAGAUAUCCCAAUGCUGAAAUUCAAGCAAGCAGCUUAGAAACAUUCACUAAAGUACUUUGGAAUUAUAAGGAUCAACUUCCAAUAAUCACUAACGAAUGGGGUUCAACGUGGAUUUAUGGUAUUGCUGCCGAUCCAUUCAAACUUUCUGCAUUUCGUCAAAUAUCUCGGUCACUUCUUUCUCUUCCUCCAUCUGAAGCAUUGUUUAAUUAUUCUUUUCGUCUGUUGAAAAAUCCUGAACAUAAUUGGGGAGUUUGUAUCGCUUGUUAUUUGAAAAGAGAAAAUUACGCAUUUAACUAUAAUAACUCUGAAUUCUCGACAAAGAGAAAUGGCAGUGAUUUCCAGUUCUUGGAAACUGGAUGGAAAGAAGCUCGCUCUUAUCUUUUACCACUGAAUUCGUCGGAUCCAUCUGUGAUUAAGGUGGUUGACAAAGCAUUACAACAGAUUGAACCAAUGCCACCAGAUUUAACUGGUUUUGUUUCAGUACCUCUAUAUUCAAACAUAUCCGAAACGUCAGUUGAUGCAUCUCCUUAUUUCUUAUUUCAAACGGCUUUGUUCAUAGUUGGAUUUGAUUAUAAGACAGGUGCAAUUAUUCACAUGCAAGAUAUACUUGGACGUAACAUUUCUAAUUCAUCUAACCCUUUAGCGGCCAUCCACUAUACCACAUACUCUCAUGCUGAUUUUGACAAUUUUAAUACACAAUUCAAUCCGGAUUGUGGAUUACCAUGCUAUGAUUUUGCUAAGCCAGGAUUAGAAAACUAUGAUGACUUUAUCAAAAGUAGAACUUGGCAACCCAAAGCGGUCAGCAUGUGGAUGCCGGUGAAAAAUAACAAUAUGUUCUUGGUUGAACUAACAUUUCCCGAUGAAAUAAUUGAAGAUUACGGCGCAAGUCAAAAUGUUUGGAUUAAUUAUACAUUUCCUUCUUCUUUUCCCUCUGUUCUAGUAGAAUUACAAUGGUUCAAUAAAACCAUGACUCGUCUUCCUGAAUCUUUCUGGAUUCGAUUUGAUCCGAUUCUUUCUCAAACAACUCCGAAUACAUGUGACCAGUGGCGAAUCGAUGUGAUGGGUAAUGAUGUUAACCCGUCCGAGGUAGUCAGUUACG